AUGCAGGAACAUAAUACCUAUUACCCAUUUUCAGAUAGAGCGGAAUGGGAACUUGCAAAGUUUCUAUGCGACAACUUGAACCAGGGGCAGAUCACUCAUUUUUUGAAGCUUCUUUGGGUCUGUUUGAACUACUCUACAUGGACUGCACUAAUGAUGCUCUUUCAGGUGGUGUCAGAAACUAGAUGGCCGCUGUCUUUUAAGAAUGCAAAACAACUAUUUACAUUCAUGGAUGCAUUACCAGUUACCCCUCGAUGGAAGUGUACACCCAUUCAUACCGAUGGAUAUAUGACUACUUACACUGUGAAUCUCAUUUGGCGAGAUGCCUUGGAAGUUUGA